AUAACCUGAUAACCAGAAACAGAAACCAUCACAUGAUUUGUUUUGAUGAAUCAGAUCCAUUAGCUUACCUGGGUGCGCGAGUGUAAUUUAAUUUUUGAAAGUUUUCCUCAUAACUUACAUAAGACAGUAACAAGAUACAAUAGGUAGAAAUGAUGUGUGGUGGUCUCGGUAAUAUUGUUGAUGCUGACGAUGAUGUGAAAGUACUAGUUGAACAGCUUACUGGUGCUGUAAAUGAAAAGACAGGGAAAAAUUAUGGCAAAUUGGCAGCUUUGAAAUAUGGUACACAAGUUGUAGCAGGGACCAACUACUUUGUAAAGGUAAAAUCUGAUGAUGGAAGUAUAUUACAUCUAAGGAUAUAUCAACCUCUACCCCAUACCAACCAACCAGCAGAACUCCAUAGUGUUCAGGAAAACAAAUCAGAAGAAGAAACAUUAACUUAUUUUUAAGGAUAAUUAUUUUUGUUACUGGUAAAUUAUUUCCAAUUGUUAUUUUUAUUUCAGAUUCCUUUUUACAAGAUUUUUUUGUAAUGUACUUUUUUGCAAUAAUAUGUAUAUACACCGGUUGCAGAUACUCCUAGAACCACAAUAAAUGAUUGUAAAACA